AUGCUUUCUCGGCCAGGACCCAUCCGCGCAUGUGCUCAAAUUCGCACCAUUUGCUCCACGGUAGCCGCUUUCGCUGAUAAACAUGAACCCGAUCUGAGUGACCCGAAGAAGAUGGAACUUCAUAAGCUGUAUAGGCCGGAAAGGCUCACUCCCACUGAAAAAGGAUAUCAACUUCUCAACACUCCGCGAUUAUCCAAG